CUUGAGGGUUUUUUUGGUCAUCUCUUCUACUCGUUCCGCGCUGUGUCAUAACUCUUAAAACAGACUUGGUGCACCGUGCCAUGGAAGAGCGCCGUCGGCUGUCACUAGAUUUUGCCCACCACCAACAACAAAUCUUUCUUCAUAUCUUCAGGGAUUUUGCCUUCGUCUUGUCUAUUUCUGAUUUACGUUAAGUUUUCCCCAGUUGAGACGCAAUAUUAAAUAGAGAGCUGAGUGCCAGAAGCAAAAUGGCGUGCAUUUCGUUAAACACCUUCCAGGCUGCCAGUAAUGGUGGAAAUACGGCGUUCUCAGGGAAUCGUAGUCACCUUUACAGUUUCUCGCCUAAGGUAAUUUAUCGAUGUUGUUUUCGCGCCGGACCCAUGAAUUGGGACGCUGCGAUCGACGGGUGUGGCCGCUUUGCUCGAGUUCGCCGCAAUUGUUCUCGUGGCUUGAGAGUCGGCGAUGGCGGCAUUUAUCGUCAGUCAGGCUUGCCUGAUUUCAGCUGUCUUGGUUCAAUUAAUGGGGCGCCCGCUACUUCUGUUGAAAGAGUCACUGUACUGGUGAUUGGAGGAGGCGGAAGGGAACACGCUCUCUGCUAUGCCCUCAGAAGAUCUCCAUCUUGUGAUGCUGUAUUCUGUGCACCUGGCAAUGCCGGGAUAUCCAACUCUGGGGAUGCUACUUGUGUUGAGUACCUGGAUGUCUAUGACAGCUCGUCUGUUAUCGACUUUUGCCGCGAAUGGGGAAUCGGGCUUGUUGUGAUUGGGCCUGAGGCCCUUCUCGUUGCUGGUCUUGCCAAUGAUCUUGCCAGUGCUGGCAUUUUCACUUUUGGGCCAUCCUCGGAAGCAGCAGCCUUGGAAGGCUCCAAGGACUUCAUGAAACGGUUGUGUGACAAAUAUGCUAUUCCGACUGCUCAGUUAAUAAUGAAUAACCUGGAAUUAAUAAAAUACUAUAAGGAAGUUAGUCCGAACAAUAGACUGGCGGUCUCUUCACGGCUUCUAAGCUCCAGGCACUCUUAUCUCACUGACACUCUCAUGCAGUACAAGACAUUCACAGACCCAUCAUCCGCGAAAGCAUACAUCAAAGACCAAGGCACUCCCAUAGUCAUCAAGGCCGACGGCUUAGCCGCGGGCAAAGGAGUCAUUGUGGCCAUGACGCUGGACGAGGCCUAUGAAGCCGUUGACUCCAUGCUUGUGAAGAACGCCUUCGGGUCAGCUGGCUGCCGUGUGAUAAUCGAGGAAUAUUUGGAAGGUGAAGAAGCAUCUUUCUUUGCCUUAGUAGAUGGGGAAAAUGCAAUACCUCUCGAGUCGGCCCAAGAUCACAAAAGGGUCGGUGAUGGGGAUACGGGCCCCAAUACGGGUGGAAUGGGGGCUUAUUCUCCUGCCCCUGUCCUCACGAGUGAGCUACAGUCAGUCGUGAUGGAAUCUAUCAUUUAUCCCACGGUGAGAGGAAUGGCAGCCGAAGGUUGCAAAUUUGUUGGGGUUUUGUAUGCGGGUUUGAUGAUUGAGAGGAAAUCUGGGUUGCCAAAGCUGAUAGAGUAUAACGUGCGCUUUGGGGAUCCAGAGUGCCAGGGCGAGCUGGACAGCCUAACCCUAGACUGGUCACCCGGGUUUGCCAUGGUCGUGGUCAUGGCCAGCAAGGGGUACCCUGGUAAUUACCAGAAAGGGACAGUCAUCCGGAACGUGGACGAGGCCGAGCAGGUGGGCCCCACUAUCAAGGUGUUCCAUGCUGGCACGGCACUCGACUCGGAAGGGAACUAUGUGGCCAUUGGUGGGCGUGUGCUUGGAGUGACGGCCAGAGGGGCCGAUCUCAAGGAGGCGCGGGACAGGGCAUACGAGGCCAUCGACCAGAUUCAUUGGCAGGGAGGGUUCUACAGACGAGACAUUGGCUGGCGGGCCCUACCACAGAAGAAUGUGAAAAAAAUAAAAUUGUAG